GCAUCAGUGGACAGGCAGCACGCACUAUAUUAAGUAAGUGUAAAAGAAUUUAAAAUAUAGCUCUGAUUCAGCUGAGCGAUGAAUCGGGGGCUUUGGCAUUCCCCUGCCUCACGACAGCAAAAUCUGGACAAAGUUGAAAGUUGCAAGAUUCCAGUCAAACAAUUGUCCUUGCUUGGCCACUAGAAGCACCCUCUCCUCGAAGACCAGUGUUCUUGUGGUAAUGGAGGCUUCUUUGUCAUUUCCGUGACUGGAGCAAUGCUGACCUUGGUUUCCUGGACCCAUUCUGACUCAGGAGCCUUCACGUAAAUGGGUCCAGUCAUGCCUCCCAGUAAGAAGCCAGAAAGCUCAGGAAUUAGUGUCUCCAGUGGGCUGAGUCAGUGUUACCGGGGCAGCGGUUUCUCCAAGGCCCUUCAGGAAGACGAUGACCUCGACUUUUCUCUGCCUGACAUCAGAUUAGAAGAGGGGGCCAUGGAAGAUGAAGAGCUGACCAACCUGAACUGGCUGCACGAGAGCAAGAACUUGCUGAAGAGCUUUGGGGAGUCGGUCCUCAGGAGCGUCAGCCCCGUCCAGGACCUGGACGAUGACACGCCCCCAUCCCCUGCCCACUCUGACAUGCCCUACGAUGCCAGGCAGAACCCUAACUGCAAACCCCCCUACUCGUUUAGCUGCCUCAUAUUUAUGGCCAUCGAGGACUCUCCAACCAAGCGCCUGCCAGUAAAGGAUAUCUACAACUGGAUCUUGGAACAUUUUCCAUAUUUUGCAAAUGCACCUACUGGGUGGAAAAACUCAGUGAGACAUAAUUUGUCAUUGAAUAAGUGUUUUAAGAAAGUGGACAAGGAGAGGAGUCAGAGUAUUGGGAAAGGGUCAUUGUGGUGCAUAGACCCAGAGUACAGACAAAACCUAAUUCAGGCUUUGAAAAAGACACCUUAUCACCAGUACCCACACGUGUUCAGUACACCUCCCGCCUCUCCUCAGGCAUAUCAAAGCACAUCAGGUCCACCCAUCUGGCCAGGCAGUACCUUCUUCAAGAGAAAUGGAGCCCUUCUACAAGAUCCUGACAUUGAUGCUGCCAGUGCCAUGAUGCUUUUGAAUACUCCCCCUGAGAUACAAGCAGGUUUUCCUCCAGGAGUGAUACAAAACGGAACACGGGUUCUGAGCCGAGGGCUGUUUACCGGAGUCCGGCCAUUGCCAAUCACUCCCAUUGGAAUGACAGCCACCGUGAGGAACGGCCUCCCCGGCUGCCGGAUGCGGACUGAGAGCGAGCCGUCCUGCGGCUCCCCGGUGGUCAGCGGAGAUCCCAAAGAGGAUCACAACUACAGCAGUGCCAAGGCCUCCAACGCCAGGAGCGCCUCGCCCGCCAGCGACUCGGUCUCCUCCUCCUCGGCCGACGACCACUACGAGUUUGCCACCAAGGGGAGCCAGGAGGGCAGCGAGGGCAGCUUCCAGAGCCACGAGAGCCACAGCGAAACGGAGGAGGACGACAGGAAACACAGCCCGAAGGAGGCUAAGGACACCCUGGGGGACAGCGGCUACGCGGCCCAGCACAAGAAGCGCCAGCACUUCGCCAAGGCAAGGAAGGUCCCCAGCGACACGCUGCCCCUCAAAAAGAGACGCACGGAAAAGCCCCCCGAGAGCGAUGACGAGGAGAUGAAAGAGGCGGCCGGGUCGCUCCUGCACUUGGCUGGGAUUCGGUCCUGUUUGAAUAACAUCACCAAUCGGACGGCAAAGGGGCAGAAAGAGCAAAAGGAAACCACAAAAAAUUAAAAACAAGUCACUGAUUUGUUUUGAACUUACGGCCAUUUGGUUUCAGCAUGUCAGGAGAUUUCUAAUGAUUUGUGGCAAUAUCAGCAAUUUAUUAUUUUUCUUUUUUUUUUUUGGUUUGGUUUUCUUUUCUUUCUUUUUCUUUUUUUUUUUUUUUAAUUUGUCCCCUUUCUUUGUUUUGGACCCUUAAGAAUUUUAUUUUUAAAGGAGAUUGAAGCCAUAGAACUCAUAUUGACACUCAGCUGUUUUACAAAAGCUUUUCAUUAUCUGAAGACAAAACCGAAAAAGCCAAAAUGACCAUUGCUUCCUCCAGCUUGUCAGAAACACGUGGCUGAAUCUACAGGAUGUCAAGGAUAACGCCACAGGAAUACCCAUAUGCAGCACCUAGAAGGCACGUGUGCAAAAGGAAUCAUCCAUCAGGCCCAACCCUUAGGUUAAAAGGUCAGGAUGUGCACCCAGUUGGGUUCACUGAGUGAAUAUGCGUGAUGCAAUGGGCGGAAAGGAAGAGCCGUCCAUUCCCCUAGAAGCAGCCCCAGGCUUAUGGCACCAGGCAACAGAUUGUGCCAGGAAAACCCUUGGCGUUGCCACGCAGAGUGCAGGAGGGCGUCGGUCACCUCUGUGCUUCUUAAUCAUGAAGCUACCUAACAUCUUAUGAGUGGACAUUAGAUGGUGUAUAUACACCAGGUGUCAAGAACGAAUGAGAAGAAACGGGCUCAGUUUUUAGUAAUAUUUCUAAUCAUUGAAUUCUGUUCUAUAUUAAAUUAAGAGAAUGCUUCACAAGCCAUAAGCCUGUAGGUUGGCCCUGCACACACACGAGAGAGAGAGAGAGAGAGAGAGAGAGAGAGAGAGAGAGAGAGAGAGAGA